CUCUAUUCUCAAUUCCUAACCUAUCCAGUAACAGUUCCUUUAACGAAUUAGAACUAGGCUAGAAUAGGAACAGAACACAGAGCUUCAGUGUUCAUGAACUGACCUGUUCGUUUUUCUUUAAAUUAGAUUUGUGUUUUAGCGUUACUCCGUUCCGUUCAACUUUCAAUGUUGGCAAGCAGAUAAGCUCCAAAAAAGAGAUAUUUGAUGAUUGCUUCAAAUAAUGAAGGAUGAUGAUUCUGAUUGGUGGUCUGGGCUUCAGACUGUCUCAUCUUUUGACAAUGGCCUCUCAAGCACUGUCACCUGUGACUCUAGCGAAGAUGUCCAGCAGUUCUGUCCUUCCAGUCUGCUGGUUGAGUCGCUCAUCGGACAGCUCUGUAAACUUAUUGAAAAGGAACCAAAGCAUCAGAAACAGUUGUAUUUAAAGAUUUGCAAGAAACUUCAUCAGAUGAAGUUGAUAGACGAGAGCUAUGAACUGGAGGAGUUUGAGUCGAUGAGGAGUUAUUACCAGAAGGCAUUGUAUCAUCUAGUCUCCGUGGCCAAGACCUCAAAGUCCCCUGACAAGAAGGCUAUGGUUCCAAAAACAAACAGCCUGGUAUGUUUGAAGGCAGACGCAAUACUCGAAUGGUCAAGGUACUCAACAGAGUUUGAAGAGCUGGAUUUCAUCGCUCGUGGUGGAUUUGGACAAGUCUUCAGAGCUCGCCACAAGCUUGAUGGAGAGUUAUAUGCUGUGAAAAAGAUUUACUUGAGAUACAGCAAUGCUACAGGGUUCAUGCAGAGUUUAACAGAGGUGAAGAUGUUGGCUAAGUUGAACCACCCCAACAUUGUAGCGUACAAAGCCGCAUGGCUGGAGCCAAUAGACCCCAGUCAGAGAAGCAAACAUGUGUUUCACAACAUGAACAACCAUAUUAUUGACUCUAGUAGUGAAAAACAAGACAGUUCCGGUGGCAUAGUAUUUGAGACAUCUGAUGCAAAUGAAAGUAUUAUCUCUGAAGUUAACGACAAUUUGGCAAUUGUGAAGCCAAAGCCGUCAUCUGACGCUAUAUCUACUUGGAAUAGUACUCAGUUCUCCAACUGUCCUCAGGAAUGGGCAUGUCUGUACAUUCAAAUGCAACUGUGCCAUGUCACCUUAAGACAGUUGUUAGACGAUAGAAACCACAGUUUUGAGCCAGUUAAAGAGACUCACUGCCUUGCGUUGUUUAAGAAAAUAGUGCAAGGUGUGGAGUACAUUCACUCCCAAGGAAUAGUGCAUCACGAUAUCAAGCCAAGCAACAUCUUCUUGAGUCGAGACCAACAGCAGGUACAGGUGGGGGACUUUGGUCUCGCCUGCCCUCUCCUGGCACACAACCCAGAGGUUGCUGUGAUCCCCUCCACGGCGCACGUUCACCGUGGCCAACUGGGCACCAAGUUGUAUGCUGCCCCCGAACAACUCAAUGGCAUCUGUACUCCUAAGAGUGACAUCUACAGUUUGGGGAUAGUUCUGAUGGAGCUGAUACAACCUUUCCAGACUGAUAUGGAGCGCAGCAAAGUCAUUGGAAAACUCAAGACCGGCAACAUUCCCCCCGAAUUGAGCGAAUUUUUUCCAACACUUGUAAGAGUGAUAAAGCGUUGCAUCUAUCACUCUCCAAGCAAGCGCCCGACUGCCCACGAAUUGCUGGAACUGUUGGAGGAUGAGGAUAACUCGAACAGCGCUAGGAUCAUUGCUGAGCAACAUGAGACAAUUCAACGGCAGGAGAGGGAGAUCAGGGAAUUGAAACGAUUGCUGUCAGAGCUAUCUUCAAGUCCAACUGAAUGUUUCAGUCCGUCUUCUCAGUUUUUAUGAAAAAUUAAACUAUUAUGUAGAGUAAAGCUUAAAGUAAGUUUAGUACUUUUUUCUAUGUGGCAAAUUAAAUUUUAUAAUUAAUUAUUAAAAGUUUUAGGAGGAGAAAUAUCAGGGUUUUCUAAUUAUUUUUGUGGAAAGGUGAUAAUGAUGGUACUUACCUGUUGGUUUAAUUAAUGUAACUAAAAAAAUUGUGAUUUGUAUUAUUCCACUUUACUUCCAAAAGUGAAAUAAUUUUAUUUAUUUGUCAUUGUGUUUCUGUAUUGAAAUAGAUCAAAUGUUUGAAGAGGGGAAUUUGAUUGAUUUCAGUGUUGGGAUCAAUUUUUAUAGAAAUAUGAUUGUUUCAAUCAAGAAAAAAUAUAUGAGUGUGUCUGCAAUAUUUGGUGCAUUUUUGUACUGUAUUAUGGCAAACAAUAAGUUCUAAUAUUAUUAUUAGAAUCUAGUUUAACUUAUUUAUACACAAUAUAUUUUCAACUAUUUACGCAAUGUAAAUAAAACAUGUUUUUUUAAA